AUGAGUGGCUAUAUUGCUAAGAUUGGUAUACUCAAGAGAAAGAUCGAAAGAGAGGACAAGCAGGACACGUAUAUGUCCAGGCUGCCUCGGUGGAUAGGACACUUUCUCGGCCAUCGAGAAGAGCCGUGGAAGAACCCGCCGCUGUGGAUCCACUCGAUUUCGGUGUUGCUGGUCACAUUUGCUGCUAUGAUCUGCCACGAAGCCAUGUUUAUCUACGGUCCCGUGCUCAAAAACUGGCAUUCUCCUCCGCUGCUGCCAAGUUUUGCUGCUGCAGCUAUUCUGUUGUACAAUGUGACGACAGUUCCUCUGGCUCAGCCGAGAAACUUCUUGCUGGGAACUAUUCUAUGCUCGAUUAUAGGCGUGGCUAUCUGCAAGUUCUUCAUGGUCCAUCACAACCAGGAGGACCACUUGUGGAUUGCUGGUGCACUGGCCGUAGCAGUAGCAUCUAUGGUUAUGGACAUUACAGGCACCGUCCACCCUCCAGCUGGUGCAGCGGCUAUCUUACCGUGCAUGGAUGAUAGUGUGCGACAGCUGGGAUGGAAGUACUUGGCUGCUGUUUCGUUUACUCUGUUGCUGUUUAUGGGCAUUGCUCUUUUACUGAACAACAUUGUUCUCAGGUAUCCAAGCUACUGGUGGAAGCCCAAGCCCCAGCGCUUGAUAGCGGUCCCGCCCAAAGAAGAAGAAAAGCAGGUCGAUCCCUUUCAAAUCGUGAUUCGACCUGAUCGGAUCGAUUUCCCUACCGAGAUUGAGUUCGAUGAGUUCGAAUUAACCUACCUCGACACUAUGCAGAACAAACUUGCCGAGAUGAUGGAGGAGAAGCUGUCAAUACGGACGGCUCGAACUCGAUCGUUCCCGUGA